GCUUUGUUUUGUUUUGCCUUUUUAAGUUUUCGUUGUUUGAAAUCCGGAUAACCAAGUGACAGAUUUCUCUCUUUCUCAUGGGUUGUAAUUGAAUGGAAGCUUUUGAAAUCCUGCAAAUGGAAGGCAAUACACAAAGCAAAUUUAACAGCGUCUGUGUCUUCUGCGGGAGCAGCGCUGGCAAUAGAAAAGUCUACAGCGAUGCUGCUCUUGAAUUGGGAAAUGAACUGGUGAAGCGGAGGAUAGAUUUGGUAUAUGGAGGAGGCAGUAUUGGGUUGAUGGGUUUGAUUUCUCAGAGAGUUCACGAUGGAGGUUGCCAUGUUCUUGGGGUCAUUCCAGUAGCACUUAUGCCUAUUGAGAUAUCUGGAGAAACAGUGGGAGAAGUGAGAACUGUUUCAGACAUGCAUGAGCGUAAAGCUGAGAUGGCUCGACAAGCUGAUGCAUUUAUUGCUCUUCCUGGAGGGUAUGGAACCAUGGAAGAAUUGCUGGAGAUGAUAACAUGGGCACAGCUUGGAAUUCACAAUAAAACAAUUGGCUUAUUAAAUGUUGAUGGCUACUACAAUUCUUUGCUUGCAUUAUUUGAUAAUGGUGUUCAGGAAGGUUUCAUUAAACCAGCUGCUCGGCAUAUAAUUGUAUCAGCUCCUACUGCAAAAGAACUACUUGAAAGAAUGGAGCAAUAUAUUCCAACCUACGAACAUGUUGCGCCACAUAACAGUUGGCAGAUGGAGCAACUGAGUGGAUACUCUAGGCCACUAGAUCCACCUUGACAUUAUUCUUUGUGGGUGAUCUUUUCUAUUAACUGUUUUGAUGUCAUUCUUUUUUGUUCAAUUUUUGUAUAAGAAUU